AUGACAGUGAACGGCAACGCGACCCAGAACGGGCACCUUGCCCGGGCUACGGUUCUCGAGAUUCAGCAAAGAAGAGCCGAAGCCGGUAAAUUGCUCUCAGGGAUAGGAUCUGUGGGGGAUAGCUCUCGGUUCCGAGGACCGCCAGCUUACCAAGAUUUCAAACUAGACUAUCUAAGCUCCGAAACCAAGCUCCGCAAGCCUUCCAGGCUCAAGGAAGCUGGGCGUCUUCUCAAGGGCAAGCCAGACAUCAUCUCCGUUGCGGGUGGCUUACCCCCAAGCGAAAACUUUCCUAUUGAGAAUAUCACUUUCAACUUCAAGAAUCCUAACUUGGAAGAAACAAAUGGGUCACUGUCCGGAGACCAGUCUCACCUUUCCGCGACUCUCGGGAAGUACGACACCAAGGAUGGGGGCGCUGACUACGACUUGUCAAUUGCACUGAAUUACAGCCAAACCACCGGCGGCCCGCAGCUAACACGAUUCCUUACGGAACACAGCGAGCUCGUAUUGCACCCUCCCUAUGCAGACUGGAAGAUUCUCCUGACUACCGGAAGUACCGGUACGUUUGAGACUCUCGUCAGAGCGUAUCUAGACAAGGAGAGGCGUGAUUCUGUCCUGACAGAAGCAUACAACUACUCAACUGUCUUGGAAACAAUGCGGCCUCAAGGAAUCAAGGUUUUCGGUGUUUCCGCUGACGAUGAUGGCCUUUCACCUUCCAAUUUUGAUGAGAUUUUGUCUUCAUGGGAUGAAACCGCUCGAGGCGCGAGAAAGCCUCAUAUUCUAUACAUUAUCCCCACUGGCCAGAACCCCACAGGUUCUACGCAAAGCAUCGAGCGCCGUCGCGAGGUAUACGCCGUUGCCCAGAAGCAUGACGUUCUCAUCAUUGAGGAUGAUCCUUACUACUUCUUACAGCUGGGACCUUAUGAAAAGGGUGGAAGCGUCGCAGAGGAGCCUAAAACUCCCGAAGAGUUCAUCGCGAGCCUUGUUCCUUCCUACGUUAGUAUUGACAUAGAUGGAAGGGUGAUUCGAAUCGAUUCAGCUUCGAAAGUGCUCGCCCCCGGCUCUCGCUUGGGGUGGGUAAUUGGCAGUGAAGAAAUCCUGCAGAAUUAUAUCCGAGUAGCAGAACUUUCUAACCAAGUUACCAACGGAUUCUCUCAAAUUAUUGUGUGGAAGCUGCUUGAGACUUGGGGCCACGAGGGGUACUUCAAGUGGCUCGCUAAGAUUCGAAAGGAUUACACCCUACGGCGAAACGUUUUGCUAGAUGUUCUAGACAAUCAUCUGCCAAAGGAUCUCGUUAGCUGGAUUCCACCUUCUGGUGGCAUGUUUGUCUGGCUCAAGCUUGAUCAUAGCCGUCACCCCGACUUUCGUAAGCGCUCGCUCGAGGAAAUCGAGCAAGAAAUCUUUGAAGAGGCCGUCAACCAAGGAGUUCUCUUCGCGCGAGGAUCAUGGUUCCGUGCCGAACCCGACACUCCGGUGGAAAACAUUUUCUUCCGACUGAGUUUUUCCACUGCGACUAAGGAACAAUUGACGAAGGCCGUCCAGAGAUUGAGUGCUGCUAUACAUAAGUCUUUUGGUUUGUAG